GAAACUGCAGGAGUCGGAGCGAAGAGCGACCGGACGCAAUGGCAGGAAGUGACGCAGCCUGGAAAGCGGUCUAUCGGUGCAGCGGGCGCGGGGUGUUGUGGGAGCGGCGCCUGCGUUCACCUUGAGGACAGUUGCUGGCAGCGUGGAGUGUGUGGAGACCUGUGACUCAAAGUAUGGGAGCAUCCACUUCAGCACCAUCUAACGACGUGCAAGCAGCUUCAGUUACACCACAGGCAAAGCCCACGUUGUCAGAAUGCCCGAUGCAUCAGGCCAAGAAGGAAGGUUGUCCAAUGCAUCAGGCAACUGCAGCAGCCACUUCAGAAGAAAAGAUAACUUAUCCAGAUUCAGUGCCAUCACAUCAAGACAGGGCAUAUGAGUAUGUUGAGUGCCCCAUGAGAAAGGGUGAGAGAACAGAAACAGAUCAAAUCGAUCCCAGUAAUAUGAUGCCACCGCCUAACCAACAGCCUACACCAGAUCAGCCAUUCCCCCUCUCAGUCGUCAGAGACGAGUCUUCCAUUCCUCGAUUUAAUUCAGAUAAGCGUUGGGUAUAUCCUUCUGAACAAAUGUUUUGGAAUGCAAUGCUUAGGAAAGGGUGGCGUUGGCGUAAUGAAGACAUUACAGCCAGUGAUAUGACAAAUAUUAUCAAGAUCCAUAAUCAGAAUAAUGAACAGGCCUGGAAUGAAAUACUCAAGUGGGAAGCACUCCAUGCCAAAGAAUGUCCCUGUGGACCUACACUAGUUCGCUUUGGAGGGAAAGCUAAAGAAUAUUCACCCAGAGCUCGAAUUCGUUCUUUAAUGGGGUAUGAGCUACCCUUUGAUCGGCACGAUUGGAUUGUGAACCGUUGUGGAAAAGAAGUACGAUAUGUAAUUGAUUAUUAUGAUGGAGGCGAGGUUGACAAGUCAACUUACCAGUUCACUGUUUUGGAUGUGCGUCCAGCUCUGGAUUCCCUUGGUGCAGUGUGGGACAGAAUGAAAGUAGCAUGGUGGCGCUUGACUUCAUAAACUUUAAAUGAGUUGUAUUAUUUACUGCACAGGCACCUAUGCAAGCAUUUUGGAAAUUAAAAUGGAAUUAACUAUGAAUAAUAACUGGACACAGUUGUACACACUCUGGAUUAGCUUUGACAAGAUAUUUCUCAUUUGGAAGAUCAUCUGCUUCACACUACUAUUUCUGUGCAUACAACUGGUCAUUACCCAUAUACAUUGCAUACGGUUUAUAAUUUUGCUGCAUUGAAUUCUACAUGUGAUGUUUGUAAUUGCUCAGACAGGUUUACAGACUCAUCUUAUUUACUAUGAAGUUAUUGGAAAAAAAUGCUCCUGGGAAUUGCUUUUUAUGAGCAUUUCAAUUUUAGCUUCAAAAGUUUUUCCUGAUGGCAUUUCAACUUUUACUUUGAAUUUGCGGCUAGAUGGAAUACCAGGAAUAUUGUAGCUAUUUGAUUGUUCAUGUAAUUUACUUGAAAAUUGUUGUGUUGCCAGGGCUGAACCCAGUACUCUCUUGCCUUCGGUACCAAGCUAAAGCAUGAAACUUCCUGAUGGAAAUGGUUGAAUUUGCAUAAUUGUCCAUAUGUACCAGGGGGCUGUUGCAUUGUGAGAAACAAAUUACAGCUACCGCUGUUAAGUUUUCAAUGAAAGCUUUAGAAAGCCA